CUGACUGCUGAUUGGCUGGGCGCAGUCGCACGUCAUCAGCCCAUGAUCGGCGGAUCGCGCGCUGCUCUCAGAUCAGAUGAAACAGCGCUGUGAGGAUCAGACUGAAGAUGAAGAGCAAAGCCACACUCACUCAUCCUGGAAAAGCCAUCCUGGCAGGUGGAAUCGCAGGCGGCAUUGAGAUCUGCAUCACGUUUCCUACAGAGUAUGUGAAGACUCAACUACAGUUAGACGAGAAAGCCAAUCCGCCACGUUACAGAGGCAUCACGGACUGUGUGUCUCAGACGGUCCGUCAUCAUGGAGUGAAGGGGUUAUACCGAGGCCUCAGCUCGCUGCUGUACGGGUCCAUCCCUAAAUCUGCCGUCAGGUUCGGUGUGUUUGAGAUACUCAGUAACCAGAUGAGGGACGAGGCUGGGAAGCUGGACAGCACUCGAGGGUUAAUCUGUGGUUUGGGUGCCGGCGUGAUGGAGGCCGUCCUGAUCGUCUGUCCCAUGGAGACCAUAAAGGUGAAAUUCAUCCAUGAUCAAACCUCGGCUAAUCCCAAAUACAGAGGCUUUUUCCACGGAGUGCGAGAGAUCAUAAGAACCCAAGGAAUCAGAGGGACGUAUCAAGGCCUCACAGCGACCGUCCUCAAACAGGGAUCCAAUCAGGCGAUCCGGUUCUUCGUCAUGACCUCUCUGAGGAACUGGUACAAGGGUGACAAUCCCAACAAAUCCAUCAACCCCGUCAUCACCGGAGCGUUCGGUGCGAUCGCAGGAGCGGCGAGUGUGUUUGGAAACACGCCGCUGGACGUCAUCAAGACCAGAAUGCAGGGUUUGGAAGCUCAUAAAUAUAAAAACACAAUGGAUUGUGCCCUGAAGAUCAUGCAGCAUGAAGCACCAGCGGCGUUUUACAAGGGCACGGUCCCACGGCUGGGCCGAGUGUGUUUGGACGUGGCCAUCGUCUUCAUCAUCUACGAGGAGGUUGUGAAGGUCCUAAACAAAGUCUGGAAGACGAAGUGACGACCGUGGUCUCGUUCUUCACAUCACUUCUGCUUUUAAACACGCACACAAUAUUUGAAAAUAACAUUAGUUCAUAAAGCAGCUGCAGUCAAAUUAACAUUAAACACUGUCUGUGCCACAUUUAACUGAUUUUGUUCAUUAAUAAAUCGAUUAUUUAACUGCUAGAUGUAAUAGAGAGCGAACAUGUAUGUUUACAGAUGUUAAACUCUGAGCCAGAGGAAUAAUCUAGAGAAAAGUGUGACCGUAAAUUAAUUUAAUGUUUUAACGUGGGAAAAUCCUUAAGAGGAAGUGGGAAUAUUUACAAAUAGAGAGUUUAUGAAUAUUUAUAGAUGUAUUUACUUAACUACAGAUCAUUCCAUAAUACUGUACGAAUUCCAUUGAAAAUUUAUUCUAUUUUUAAGUUUCUGACAUUUCUACUUAAAAUUUUGUGUUUUUACUAAGGCUAAUAUUUUUACAUUUGUAAAGCCUUUUUAUUAAUUAUUUUGAAUAUAUUUAUUUUGCUGUUGCACAUGUGCCUUUUAACCAUCAAACUCUGGCAUUUAUUUUUCAACACAAACAAAGACAUUUUUAAUAAUUAUUUUGUCAGUUUUAAAGCCUGUUUUCAGACGUGACCUGCUGUAUCUGUCUCUGUGCAAUAUCAUCUCUAUUAUACACAACUCGAAUACAGAUUCAGUGAAUGUCAAAUACACCUCAGAGUCGAACUGAAAUGGAUUAUUAAAGUGUUUCUGCAGCAUGCAUCUCCAGCUGUGUGUGUGUGUGUGUGUGUGUGUGUGAGAGAGAGAGAGAAAUAGUGUCAUCUAUCUAUAUAUCAUUUAUUGACCCUAAUUAAAUGUACAGUGCUGCUGCUGGCCGCUAGAGGGCAGAAUCUGCAUUGACAAAUCUGUGUGUGUGUGUGUGUGUGUGUGUGUUUGGGGCCUUUAGAAAUACUCUUUGGGAUUGUUUGUGCCAUAUCCUGUGAUGUGUGUGUUCUUGGCCUUUUCUUUGUAGAUCUAGACUGAAGGCUUCUUAGACUAAAUGCUAAUGUGCUAAUAAAAUUAUUUUAUAUUAA